AUGUCAAGAGAAGCUGUGAUUCACGCGUACAGGCACGUCCUUCGCCAUAGCCUGCGGGCCAUUCAAUUCUCGAAGCCUGCGCGCUACACUCUUCGCGAUCGUUUGCGCCUGGCGUUCCGCAAAGGCUCGGUAACUGACUUCGAGCCACUCAAGAUCAAGAACACAGUCGAGUUCCUGCAUUAUGCAACACGCGAGAAUGGCAUAGAGCAUAGAAUUGUAAAGAACCUUCUGUUCGUAUGGUGGAUGCAGGCAAAGGGAGGUCGUGGAAAGCCUAGACACAAAGCUCCUACUCGUGAAGAGCUCGAGAUUAAAACGACAGCUUAUGAUACCUUCAAUCAUAAUAUUCGCAUGCUGAACGAGAGCAUGGGUCUGUGUCUUCCAGCUAUGACCGUCCGCGAUCCCAACUAAGCUCCGCACUUCGAACCGAAGCUGUUCCUGAACGCCGUUCGCUAUGAGAAACAAUGGCACAUGAUGGGUAGGCCUAGACAUGCCCUAGCCUUGCGACAACCAUGAAGACUGAAGUCGGACUUGUGGUGGACAUGGAUUACAUAAAGUCGUCCAAGAAGUCUUCAUCGCGAUCCUGGUUGCUCGACUCCGCAAGGUUGUCCUCAGUCAUGAUGUCGUCGUACGCAUGAUCUCUGCGCUCGAUUGUACGUGUGUUAUGACCAAGGCACGAGCCGGGUGAUUCCCUGGUCGAUAGAAUUGGGAUUUGGAGAAAUGAAAAUCGGACAGAAGAAGAAGGGCCAUAGGAUACGAAGAGAUGAUACACCGCCUUCCAGAGGAGGAAGCAUGAACCAAAGACAAAAGAACAGAGCAUAGAAACAGAUAUUC